UUGUUGGCAGGUUCAAUGAGAGGUUUCUUUUGUCAUUAGUAUCCUGUAAAGAGAGUAUGGUGAUUGAUGAUCAACUUCAGAUACUGCCUUUAUCAUCACAUGUCUUGAACAUCACACCUGUCCCACCUAAACCAAAGGAUGAGUCAAUGAAUCCAAGUGAACAAGAGCUUCAGGGCCUGAAGGAUUCAUUACAAGACACACAACCAGUAGGGACUCUCAUCAAUUGCACAAAAACACUUGACCAGGCUAAAGCAUUGCUGAAGUUUGUUGAAGCUAUUUCUGAAAAAACUCUGAGAACUACAGUAUGCAUGACAGCUGCAAGAGGAAGGGGAAAGUCUGCUGCUCUUGGGCUUGCCAUGGCAACCGCUGUGGCAUUUGGGUAUUCUAAUAUAUUUGUGACUUCUCCAAGCCCUGAGAAUUUAAGGACAUUGUUUGAAUUUGUUUUCAAAGGGUUUGACAACUUGGAGUACCAGGAACAUAUGGAUUAUGAGCUUGUUCAAUCCACUAACCCAGACUUCAACAAAGCAGUUGUACGUGUCAACAUCUUCAGAGAACACCGGCAGACCAUCCAGUACAUCCAUCCCUCUGAUGCCCAUAAGCUAGGCCAGGCGGAGCUUGUUGUCAUUGAUGAAGCAGCAGCUAUUCCACUUCCAUUAGUCAAGAACCUCCUUGGACCUUACCUUGUGUUUUUGUCAUCAACAAUUAAUGGUUAUGAAGGCACUGGUAGAUCUCUAUCUUUGAAGUUACUGCAGCAGCUGCGUCAACAGAACUCUUCCCUAGCAGCAGAUAGCAGUAAGAAUAGCAAGACAGUUGGUACUACAUCUAAGAGCAGUGAAGCAGGGGCCUCUGCAUUUGGCCGUGUAUUGCAUGAAGUUGUGUUAAAUGAGUCUAUUAGAUAUUCCCCUGGCGAUGAGGUGGAGAGCUGGUUAAAUGCUCUGCUCUGCCUAAAUGUUGCAGAGGUGCCUAGGAUAGGCUCGGGAUGCCCUCUACCAGAAGACUGUGAUCUAUAUUAUGUGAACAGAGAUUCAUUGUUUAGUUACCACAAAGGUUCUGAGGUUUUUCUCCAGAGGUUGAUGUCCAUCUAUGUAGCAGCUCACUAUAAGAACACCCCUAAUGACUUGCAGUUGUUGUCUGAUGCUCCUGCUCAUCAUGUUUUCUGUCUCUUGGGACCAGUAGAUACAACGCUGAACACAUUACCAGAAGUACUGUGCGUAAUACAG